AUGGAAGCAAAAAACCAUACAGUCCUAUCCCAAUUCCUCCUCCUGGGCCUCUCAGAGGAUCCUGAAUUGCAGCCCCUCCUCUUUGGACUGUUCCUGUCCAUGUACCUGGUCACAGUGCUCGGGAACCUGCUCAUCAUCCUGACCAUCUCCUCUGACUCCCGCCUCCACACCCCCAUGUACUUCUUCCUCUCCAACCUGUCCCUCAUUGAUAUCUGCUUCAUCUCCACCACAGUCCCCAAAGUGAACUUCCAGGCACAGGACAAAAAUGACAUUUCCUACAUAGAGUGCCUCACUCAGGCAUAUUUUUUUAAUACCUUUAUUGGAAUGGAUAAUUUCCUACUGACUGUAAUGGCCUAUGACCGCUUUGUGGCCAUCUGCCACCCCCUGAACUAUGCAGUCAUCAUGAACCCCUGCUUCUGUAUCCUCCUGGUUCUGAUGUCUUGGAUCAUCAUGUUCUGGUUCUCUUUGAUUCAUAUUCUGCUGUUGAAUCGACUGGCCUUCUCCAUGGGCACUGAAAUCCCACAUUUCUUCUGUGAAGUGACUCAGCUUCUCAGGGUGGCCAGCUCUGACACCCUCAUCAAUAAAGUCUUUCUUUACAUGGCAACCGCUCUGCUCGGUGUGUUCCCUGUCACUGGGAUCCUCUUCUCUUAUUUUCGGAUUAUCUCCUCCUUAAUGAAGAUGUCCUCUUCUGUGGGCAAGUACAAAGCAUUUUCCACCUGUGGGUCCCACCUCUGUGUGGUCACCCUGUUCUACGGAACAGCACUUGGAGUUUACCUCAGUUCUGCUGUGACCCAUUCUUCCCAGAGAACCAUGAUCACCUCAGUGAUGUACUCUGUGGUCACCCCCAUGCUGAACCCCUUCAUCUAUAGUCUGAGGAACAAAGAUAUGAAGGGGGCCCUUCGGAGACUUGUAGAAAAAGCAGCAUCUUCCGCCCUGGAAAUGCUGACUCUCUCCAAGACUCUCACUGGAGACAUCCCUUCUGCACAGCCUUUGUACAGAGAGUUGGAGCGGAGAAGUCAGAUGCACCAGCUCCAUGGAAGUGGAAACUGCACAAGUGAAUCAGAAUUCCUCCUCCUGGGCCUCUCAGAUGGUGCUAAACUGCAGCCCAUCCUCUUUGGACUGUUCCUGUCCAUGUACCUGGUCACAGUGCUUGGGAACCUGCUCAUCAUCCUGGCUGUCAGCUCUGACUCCCACCUCCACACCCCCAUGUACUUCUUCCUCUCCAACCUGUCCUUUGUUGAUAUCUGCUUCAUCUCCACCACGGUCCCAAAGAUGCUGGUGAACAUCCAGGCACAGAACAAAGACAUCUCCUACACAGAGUGCCUGGCACAGGCAUAUUUUUUAAAUACAUUUGCUGCAAUGGAUAAUUUCCUACUGACCAUGAUGGCUUAUGACCGGUUUGUGGCCAUCUGUCAUCCAUUGAACUACAUAGUCACCAUGAAUCCACGGUUCUGUGUUCUUCUGGUUCUGCUGUCUUGGCUCAUCAUGUUCUGGGUCUCCCUGGUUCAUAUUCUACUGGUGAAGCGACUGACCUUCUCCGCUGGCACUGUUAUCCCACAUUUCUUCUGUGGACUGGCUCAGCUUUUCAAGGUGGCCACAUCUGAUACACUCAUCAAUAAUAUUUUUCUGUAUGUGAGCACCACUGUGCUGGGGGUUUUUCCUAUGACUGGGAUCCUCUUCUCCUACUCUCAGAUUGUCUCCUCCUUAUUGAGGAUGUCCUCUUCUGUGGCCAAGUAUAAAGCAUUUUCCACCUGUGGGUCCCACCUCUGUGUGGUUGCCCUAUUUUAUGGGGCAGGCCUUGGGGUUUACCUCAGUUCUGCUGGGACCCAUUCUUCCCAGAGAACCAUGAUUGCCUCCGUGAUGUACACUGUGGUCACCCCCAUGCUGAACCCCUUCAUCUACAGCCUGAGGAAUAAGGAUGUGAAGGGGGCCCUGUGGAGACUCCUCAGCAGAGCAGGUUUUGACCCUUGA